CUAAAACUAAGUCCCGCCCAUUUUAGAACUAACGAACCAUAUGAUUUUUCAUUCUACUCGAAUUAUUUCAUUUCUAUUCUACAAGACGAAGCUCGUGGGCAAAAGUACAGUCUAGAAAGGCAGCAAGCGCACUGGGUUUCGAGACGCAGUGAGUCUGUGCUGCUCAUUUGCACUCAUAUAUCGGUCCGCUCGCUAAUGCUGGAGGAACUAACGGUAAACCUGUUAAAACCCAUUUCUGCAGCUUCACGUCCGACUGAAUCCAAUGUGUGGUGUUCAUCCGGGAUUCUGGAGUGAUUUGAAGAGAAGUUUGAGCUCUUUCUGUUUUUACUGGAGCUCAUGUUAGCCUGCUAGCUCUUUAAUCCGUGUUUAUAAACCUGAUCAAGUCAACAUGAAGAUUACUGUGGAUUUCGAGGAAUGUCUCAAGGAUUCUCCCAGAUUCAGAGCCACUAUCGAGGAGGUGGAGGGCGACGUCUGUGAGCUCGAGUCCAAACUAGAUAAGCUGGUGAAACUAUGCAUUGGGAUGAUAGAUGCUGGAAAAGCGUACAACACGGCCAACAGACAGUUUGUGAAUGGGAUUCAGGAGUUGGCACAGCAGUCUGCCAAAGAUGAUGUCAUCGAGUCCAGUCUGAGCAAGUUUGCUGAGAAUCUUCAAGAGAUGAUCAACUAUCACACAAUUUUAUUUGACCAAGCACAACGAUCAAUCAAAUCACAGCUCCAGGCAUUCAUUCAAAAGGACCUUCGGAAAUUUAAAGAAGCCAAGAAACAGUUUGACAAAGUGAGCGAGGAGAAAGAAGCAGCCCUGUCCAAAAAUGCCCAGGUGCCUCGAAACAAACAGCACGAGGUGGAGGAGGCCACCAACAUCCUCAUCGCCACGCGCAAGUGCUUCCGCCACAUCGUCCUGGACUACGUGCUGCAGAUUAAUGUGCUGCAGUCCAAGAGACGAUCAGAAAUCCUCAAUUCGAUGCUGUCUUUCAUGUACGCCCACCUGACCUUCUUCCAUCAAGGUUAUGAUCUGUUCAGUGAACUACAGCCCCUCAUGAAACAAUUGACCGGACAGCUGGACCAGCUGGUGAUGGACUCCACAAAAGAAAGGAAAGAUAUGGAGAUGAAACACUCGACUAUUCAACAGAAGUUGUUAACCUGCUCUGUCUUCUUUUCUGACUGCUCAUAUGAGGCCGUGCUGAAGGACUUCUCAAAUGAUGACACCAAGCUGGAGUACAACGUGGACGCAGAGAAUGGGAUCGCCAUGGAGGGAUAUCUGUUCAAGAGAGCCAGCAAUGCCUUCAAAACCUGGAACAGGCGGUGGUUCUCAAUUCAGAACAAUCAGCUUGUGUACCAAAAGAAAUUUAAGGAUAACCCUACGGUUGUGGUGGAAGACCUGCGCUUGUGCACCGUCAAACACUGCGAGGACAUCGAGCGCAGAUUCUGCUUCGAAGUGGUUUCUCCAACAAAGAGCUGUAUGAUGCAAGCGGACUCUGAAACACUCAGGCAGGCCUGGAUCAAAGCCGUCCAAAACAGCAUCGCCACAGCCUUCAGGGACAGAGCAGAGGACGCCGAGAUGGACAGAAAGUGGUCUGCAUCUACAGGCAGCCUGGAGUCUGGCGGCGAGGUGAAGGAGAGGAGUCUGAAGGGCGAGAGCGCGCUGCAGAGGGUCAUGGCCAUCGGCGGGAACAGCAUCUGCUGUGACUGUGGGCAGCUGGAGCCACGCUGGGCCAGCAUCAACCUAGGCAUCACGCUCUGCAUCCAGUGCUCAGGCAUACACAGGAGUCUUGGCGUUCAUUUCUCGAAGGUCCGAUCUCUGACGCUGGACACGUGGGAGCCUGAGCUGCUCAAGCUGAUGUGUGAGCUGGGAAAUGGUGUCGUCAAUCAGAUCUACGAGGCUCGACGAGAGGAAUUAGGAGCCAGGAAACCACAACCAGGAGAUCCCAGGCACGAGGUGGAGGCCUACAUCAGAGCCAAGUACGUGGAGCGCAGGUUUGUGCAGAGGCUCUCUGAAGACGAGCUCAGACAGAAGGUUUUAGCACUGAGUAAACAAGAUAAUGCUCUCAGCGGCGGUUCUUCACGAGGAGCGUCAGCGUCGAAUCCCCGUCCGCCGUCCCCUUCCUCAGCGAACCACGAGUCUCUCUUCUGUGUAGACGAGCUCGAUUCUCUCUUCUCCUACUUUAACACCUCCGCCAAGCCCUGCUGUCUGAAGAGCUCAGACGGUGACGUGCAGAGCCUCACAGAUGGCAGCAGAGAGACGCUGAGUUCAAGCUCUUCCUCCAGCAACACAGGUCUGUAUUGUGUAUUGUGUCCAGGACCCAGAUUGUGUGACGGUUCUCAUCAGAAGCUGAUCGUGUGUCCUCCAGAGCCUCACGAGGAGAGUUCAUCUGAAGAUGUGCAGGUGUUCUGCGAGCCGAAGCAGCUGACGCCGGGUCUGCAGCUGUACUGGGCGUCGUUCUCCCGCAGUCUGCCGGACAUGACCCAAGCUCUCGCCCACGGAGCAGGAGUCAACUGGACCAACACGGAGCACGAGAACAGGACGCCACUCAUCAUGGCCGUUCAUGGGGGGUCUCUGGUCACCUGUGAGUUCCUGCUCCAGAAUUCAGCCAGUGUCAACCAGCAGGACAGUCUGGGCAGAGCACCUCUACAUCACGCCACUAUCCUGGGUCACACCGGGCAAGUGUGUUUAUUUCUGAAACGGGGAGCCAAUCAGAAUGCAGCAGAUGUAGAGAAUCAAACGCCGCUUUCAAUCGCGGUCGAGGCUGCAAAUGCUGAUAUUGUCACGCUGCUUCGGCUGGCCAAGAUGAACGAGGAGAUGCGUGAAUCAGAAGGUCUGUGUAGUCAGUCAGGAGAUGAGACGUACCAGGACAUCUUCCAAGACUUCUCGCAGAUGGCAUCGAAUGACCCAGACAAACUCAACCGCUACUGAGGUGUAUCUCACCACAACAACCUCCUCAGAACUGCAUUGAUUCAAAU